UCCUUUAGGAAGAGGACAGUAGGGCAGUAGGCGUAGAGCUCGCCUCCGUUACCAACCAUGGCGUCUUCUUCCUCUUUCCACUUUGUCUCCGCGCCUCAAUCCCUAGCAUCCCAUCCUUCUCCCUCUUCCCGAUUUCCCAAACCCAUAUCUUUCGCGUUCUCUUCUUCUCGCUCUCCCCUUUCCGCUUCAAUUUCUUUGAUUUAUUGUCCGUCGUACGCGAGAUCUGCUUUCGCCCUUCCGGAUGGCAGGAGAGGAGGUCCCCUUCGCUUUCCUUUCGUUUGCGCCGCGCUCGGGAAGCUCUCGGAGGCGGAGCUCGUCGUAGUGCCCAAAGGACCUGGAGAAUUGGACGGCAAAUUCCCAUCUGGCGCUGGCGUGUACGGGAUCUACGAUACGGAUGGGGAGCUACAGUUUGUAGGUAUUUCCCGCAACGUCGCGAGCAGCAUCGCCAGCCACUCCAAGUUUGUCCCUGAUCUCUGCCAUUCGGUCAAGAUAGGUCUAAUAGACGAGUCUGAGCCCGACCGAAAUGUUUUAACCAGUGCAUGGAAAUCAUGGUUAGAGGAGCAUAUUGCAGCCUCUGGGAAAGUCCCACCUGGGAACCAAUCCGGAAACAACACAUGGGUAAGGCGACCACAAAAGAAGCCUGAUCUGCGCCUAACACCCGGUCGCAAUGUUCAACUGACCGUCCCUCUAGAGCAGCUCAUCGACCUGCUUGUGAAGGAGAAAAAGGUGGUCGCAUUCAUCAAAGGGUCUCGAAGUGCUCCUCUUUGUGGUUUCUCACAGAAGGUGAUCGGCAUACUGGAGUCUCAUGGCAUUGAUUUCGAAUCAGUUGAUGUGCUAGACGAGGAGUACAACAAUGGGCUGCGGGAAACUCUCAAGAGCUACAGCAACUGGCCAACGUUCCCGCAGGUCUUUGUCAACGGGGAGCUGGUCGGAGGAUGCGACAUCAUCUCUUCCAUGGCUGAGAAGGGGGAGCUGGCUGCACUUCUGCAAAAAUAGCAUCACUAGCAUCAGCUCUACAUGGUUCAGUAACUUUCCUCACUCUGGAUGCAAGAUUAUCGAUAAUUCUUCAAACAUCAUUACAUAUCAAGGUACUAGAACUUACACUAGUGCAUUUAUCGAACGAUUUAAAUGCUCGGGGUUUGAGUUUGUACUGUUUAAUUAUUGUAUGAUUGUAAUGACAAUACAAUAACCUUGUUAAUCAGUGAUAACAUGACGAUAGAUAUAUAUAAAUGCGAGAAAACUAUGAGAAAA